CCGAAGCAGUUAGUUUUUUUAUACAACUUAUACUCACAUGUUAAGAAUUUGUGCAGGGUACCAUGCGAGUUUAUCUCUGUGACCACGAGACUUCACCACCAGAGGACCAACAGAUCAAGACAAACCAACAAAACAUACUUAUUAGAUCACUUGCUCUUAAGAAACAAAAAAGUGAUUCCAGUUCUAAAGGGGUGAAAGAAACUGCUGCUGAAGGUCCUAGAAAGAGGACUGCAGAAAGAGCUUUGGAUGGCAGGGCUUCAGCAAAAAAAGCCAAUAGUCAAAUUAGUUCUCAUCAAGAAGGAUCAAACAGUGGUGCUGCCGAGAGAGACUUGCAAGCUCUGACUGUAGAGAGGCUCCGAGCCCUUCUUAAGGAGAAGGGACUUUCACUCAAAGGAAAGAAGGAUGAACUGAUUGCACGCCUGAAAAGUGUAAAUUCAUAAUUGUAGUCCAAACUGUUGGGUUUAAAGAUCUCUUCUGCUGAUAUUGUGUAUGGCCAUCCGGGACAAGGAAGAUUAUUAGGUGGUGAUUUUAUUUUUGAGACAAGUCAUCAAAUGGAUGAAAGAAAGAGGAAAAAUUUGUAAGUUGAAAAGAGUAGUGUUUGAAGAGGAAGGGUAGCGGCGUGUAAGGAGAAGUAGCAGUAUGUAUGAAUUGGGUAUUGCAUAUUCUUAAUUUAUAAGCUUCCACUUGUACGUUCUUCUUCUAAUGGAAAAUUAAAGAGAGCUCAAGUUCGAGUAUGGAGAAAA